GCGGCGUCAAGAUUAACCAGGAAGUCCCGUCUCCAAGUAGUGCCACCGUAGCCCUUAGUGCCCUUCCCUUUUGGGCAUGCGCAUUUCUGUCCAUUGAGUCGCUGCUCUUCUGCUAGCCGCGCUGGCUGCUGUUUAGGUCUACUGUGGUUAGCGGAGUUCUGGCGAGUGGGAUGCGCUUUCCGCUACGAGGAGGGCUGUCGCCGCCGUUAAGGCCCCCGAUCCCGUCAUGGAGGUGGAAGAGGCCUUCCCUCUGGUUGGCCAGAUGGGGCCUUUUCAGGUCUGGCUUUGCAUCUUGCUCGCCGCGCUGCUCCAGCUCUAUGUAGCCAGCGAAGCAGUCCUCAUUGCCCUAGUGGGGGCAACACCUCCUUAUCAGUGGGACCUUGAAGGGAUCUCAGCUAACAAAAGCCGUAGUAACCAGUCAACUAGCGAAGAAAGAGCUUUUGGAAAGUGGCUCCUGACAGCCAACGGGAGUGAAGUUCGUAAACACAUACACUUUAGCAGCAACUUUACAUCAAUAGCCUCUGAGUGGUUUUUAAUUGGCAACUCAUCAUACAAGAUCAGUGCUGCCAGUUCAUUUUUCUUCAGUGGUGUGUUUGUGGGAGUGAUUACUUUUGGACAACUCUCGGAUCGUUUUGGACGGAAGAAAGUCUACCUUGUAGGUUUUGCCCUUGACGUUGUGUUUGCUGUUGCUAAUGGAUUCUCCCCUUCAUACGAGUUCUUUGCAGUCUCUCGCUUCUUGGUGGGAGUAAUGAAUGGUGGGAUGUCAUUAGUGGCUUUUGUCCUGCUGAAUGAAUGUGUGGGCACUGCUUAUUGGGCUUUGGCAGGAUCAAUUGGUGGCCUCUUCUUUGCUGUGGGAAUUGCCCAGUAUGCUUUGUUAGGAUAUCUCAUUCGCUCCUGGAGAAUGCUAGCAGUUGUGGUUAACCUGGAGGGAACAGUAGUCUUCCUCCUGUCUCUAUUCAUUCCUGAAUCGCCUCGUUGGUUGUAUUCACAAGGACGGCUGAGUGAAGCUGAAGAUUCCCUCUACCUCAUUGCAAAGAGGAACCGUAAACCAAAGUGCACCUUUUCGCUUAAACUCCCUGCUGACAGAAGUUAUAAGGAGGCUGGUAGCAUUCUGGACCUGUUCCGAUACAAGAUCCUUUUGGGACGUACUAUGAUCAUGAUGUUCAUUUGGUUUGUAUGCAGCUUGGUUUAUUAUGGUCUUACUCUAAAUGUGGGUGACCUGGGUGGCAGCGUCUAUGCUAACCUGGCUCUUUCUGGGCUGAUUGAGAUUCCAGCAUACCCUCUCUGUAUCUACUUGAUUAACCAAAAAUGGUUUGGCCGUAAACGGACGCUUGCAGCAUUUCUCUUUCUAGGGGGACUGGCCUCUCUUGUUGUCAUGUUUCUUCCAGAAAAGAAAGCUACCGGAGUAUUUGCAGUUGUGAACAACCGCUCAUUGUCUUUACUGGGGAAAUUGACUAUCAGUUCAGCAUUUAAUAUUGUGUAUAUCUACACAUCAGAACUUUAUCCUACAGUGAUCAGGAAUGUUGGAAUGGGAGCCUGCUCCAUGUUCUCCCGAGUUGGUGGGAUCAUUGCGCCUUUUGUUCCAGCUUUGAAAUCUGUGCAAGGAUCUCUGCCAUAUAUUGUGUUUGGAGUGUCAGGCUUGUUGUCUGGCCUUCUGAGUCUACUAUUACCAGAAACACUAAAUAGCCCAUUGCUGGAGACAAUAUCUGAUCUACAGGUUUGCUCAUAUAGGAAGCUGGGAGAUGAAGCUGUGUCGCUGCAAGCACUGGAAAGCUCACGGUCUGACCAAGAUAGUUCAGCUGGGAGUGGAAGUGAAGAUGAAGAGUUCUACGAUGCUGAUGAAGAGACUCAAAUGAUUAAGUGACAGAUAAAACACGUGUGUGACAUGCUUUGUCCUUUUUGAAUGAUCCAGUUGGUUUUAUCUAUGAGCUUUAAAGCUCAGAGCGAUCAGGGGGCAUAAGAAACAUACUAUUGUGUCUGCUUUUAGGACACUAUUGAGAGUUGUUGCAAUAGGAUGACGGCUUGUCAUUGACAGCUCUGGCAGAUAAAGACUGUUCUGAUUUACCAGCAAGUAAAGAAUUUGCAGGAUACACAUCAUCUGACAGUAGCUGUGAAUCCUAAAAGUGACCCCAAUGUUUAGCCAGAUCUAUUCUGUAUGUAUUACAGUUUUUUCCUUCAAGUCUGACUUUUAUUUAUUCAUUGGGAGUGGGCUGUUUGUUAAGCUUGGGUUUUACUUUAUCCUGGUGAAACUUGACUGUGGAGAGGCAUUAUUAACCAUUCAGUAGAAGCCAGUGUGAAAUACUGCAAGAUGUGACAUUUUUGCUGGGAACUUAAUUCCUGCUGGUUCUGUAUUAUAUGGGAUUUUGAUCUUGAGGUGAUGCAGAAAGUGAUCAGGCAUGAUGUUAUAUGAAUGUGGAUGCAGGAUAUUACACAAUAAAGGCAAAAGACCUAAAACCCUCACACACAACCCUUAAUUGCUGUUGCAUAGGUUCCUAGCAUGCAAUGGGGCGUUGCUGCUAAGGCUUUGGCUCUCUAGACAGGGCACUCUUUCCUCCUUCCAGAGUGAGAACAAGAGUGAGCCUGCCUUCCCAAGAUUUUAUUUUCUUCUGUCCCUGUUCUAGAAGUUAUCAUGAAAUGCAGGCUGGGAGGCAGAGCACUCCCCUCAGGAGAAGGGGGUCUUCGCUUCAUCUGGGGGCAUUAACUUUCUCUCACAGGAGAGUAAAGCACAUCUUUAUCUAGGGGAUGAGAUCAAAGGGAAAACUAUGCAGCUGCAGGAUUGUUUACAUCUAAGGCAAUGCCUGCCUGACACUAGCUAUGCAAAGUGCAGAAAGCAACUAAGCUAGGUGCAGAAGCCCAACUCUAUCAUGGCCACAAUAAAAUAUAAAGAUAGCUAGAACACUAUCUCGGUCAUUGUGCAAGUUCACACUUAACUCCUUGCCAGUCUUUCGAUCAAUCUCAAUACACUUGGUUGUCACCACCAUUUGACUCCAUUCCUUAGACUCCCUUCCUGCAAAAGUUAGUUCAGGCCUUAUAUAGAUCUGCCUUAUAUCUUCUGCUGUGAAGACAGAUGAAAAGAAUUCAUCCAGUGUCUCUGUAAUCUCUUUAUCCUCUUUUAGAAACAUUGACUCCUUUGUCAUCCAAGGGUUCAAACUGCCUCCCUAGAUGGUCUCCUGCUACUAAUGUAUUUAAAGAAUUUUUGUUGGUGGUUUUUAUGUUUUUAGCACUGUGUUUCUCAGAUUCUUUUUAAGCAUUCCUUAUUGUCUGCUUGCAUUUCAUUUGCCAGAGUUUGUGUUCCUUUUUGGUCUCCUCAUUUGGACAAGAUUUCCAUUUUUUGAAGAAAGCUUCCUUGGCUGCUAAUAGUGUCUUUGACUCCGCUAGUUAACCAUGCUGGCAUUCUCUUGGCCCUAGUGGUAUCUUUCCUGAUCUGCGGUAUACACUCCAGUUGAGCUACUAAUAAUUUGUUUUUAAACAACUCCCAAGCAUUUUGGAGGGAUUUGACCAUUGCCUUUCCACUUCCUUUUUACUAAUCCUCUCAUUUUUGGGAAGUUUCUUCUUCUGAAGUCAAAUGUGACCAUGUUGGAUUUUCUUGGCAAUUCACCAUUUACACGUAUGCUUAAUUUAAUAGCAUUAUGGUCACUGCUCCAAAUUGGUUCGACAGCACUUGCAUCUUGCACCAGGUCCUGGGGGCACUUAAGAUUAAGGCCAGGGUCUCCAUCCUUCUGGUUAGUUCCACAUCCAACUGUUCUAGGAUAUCUAGAAAUUUUACAUCUUUUUUGCGGCUGGAACGCAUAUGUAGCCAGCCUAUGUGAGGGUGGCUGAAGUCACUCAUUACUACAUUUCCUCUUUUAGAUACUUCCUUGAUUUCCUUCAUCAUCUCAAGAUCUCCCUGAGCAUUUUGAUCAGUGGGGUGAUAGCAUGCCCCCAGUACUAAAUUACUCUUGGGGCUCAGCAUCAACCACCAUAUCCCUUCUGUGGAGGAGUCUGCCUUUUGGGAUUUCUAGCUAGCUGGACUCAAUGCCCCAUUAGGCAUACAGAGGGACACCACCUCCAGUGCAUCCUUUCCUGUUCUUCCUAUACAGUUUAUAUCCAGAAAUAAUCAUCUUCCACCCAAAGUUUGACCAUUACUAAUUACUACAGGGGUUCUCCAACAACUGUAAGGUCGUAUAUUCUGCUGUGUGUGCUAUUUUAGUUGUUCAUCCUUGUCCUAUGAAUAAAGCUGUCAACUAGCA